AUGAGGAAGUACCCAAUCAUCUUGGAUCAUCGACACCCGUUAACCAAACUGAUACUGCAGGAUUAUCACCACAAGUACUUGCACGCCGGCCAGCAACUUCUCAUGUCCACUGUGCGAGAACGGUUUUGGCCGUUGAACAUUCGAAGAGCAGCACGGCAAGUGAUCCAUCAAUGCGUUCCUUGCUUCCGUAGCAAGCCAAAGAUUCAGGACCAACUGAUGGCAGAUCUUCCUCGAGAAAGAGUUACUCCAGCUCCAGUUUUUUUGAAAGUGGGUGUGGACUAUUGUGGACCCUUUUCAAUGUCGUAUCCUGGACGUAAGGCUCGUCCGGUAAAAUGCUUCGUGGUGGUAUUUGUUUGCCUGGUAACAAAAGCGGUCCAUUUGGAGGUGGCGUUGGAUUUGACCACCCAAGCGUUUGUGGCUGCAUUACGGCGAUUUGUAUCGCGCAGAUCAAAACCCCAGUUGAUCAUGUGCGACAACGCGAAGAAUUUCGUGGGAGCGAAGAGAGAGGUAGACGAGUUGGCGAAGCUAUUCAAGAGUCAGCAGUUUCAGGACGCAGUCGUCAGAGAGGCGUGUAACGAAAGCAUAGAGUUCAGGUUCAUCCCCGCCAGAUCCCCCAACUUUGGAGGGCUCUGGGAAGCAGCAGUAAAAUCGUUCAAAUGCCACUUUAAACGAACGAUCGGACUCCGGACUAUUACACAUGAUGAAUUUGUUACGGUUCUGGUACAAAUAGAAGCAUGCUUAAAUUCCCGCCCUCUGACACCGCUCAGCAGUGAUCCGAACGAUCUGGACGUUCUGACUCCGGGACACUUCCUGGUGCAGCGUCCACUGGCGAGCAUGGCAGAACCAAGCUAUCAGGACAUCCCAGAGAACAGAUUGUCAAUGUGGCAACGGACCCAGGAGUUUGUGCGACGAAUUUGGGAAAAGUGGUCGACUCAGUACCUUUCGACCCUGCACAGUCGCACCAAAUGGACACGUCAACGAGAUAACCUUGUCGUCGGAACGAUGGUACUACUACGGGAAGAAAAUCUACCACCGUUGAAAUGGCAGUUGGGCAGAGUUACCGACGUGCGCGUCGACAAUGAUGGCAAUGUUCGAGUUGCCACUAUACGCACGAAGGAUGUUUGGCCAACUGCAUCGAGAACCCGCGAGGAGCAUCAUGAAGAAGCAGAAUACCCACACGAAGAGGAGCAGUUCCACGAGAGAAUCAUCAGAAGUCGUGCCCGCCGUCGAGUUAACAUAGACGGGGCAGCAUCAAAGGUGCCGGCGGCACCCGCGGAGGCCACGGAGGCCUCCGCUUCCAGGGAAAACAUGAAGUCCGCAGUCAAGAAGAGCACCAAAGACGUUGGUGCGUGCAUUCACGCAGCGCUGAAGUCCUGCGUAUCCAUCAGCAUCGGAGGGACCUCUCGAUGCGCCCGUGGCAGCAGUAGCAUGUGCACGGAUGAAGAUAACACCCUGAUCACACGUGGUGUGGUGUUUAGCUUUAGCUUAUUUGCCAUCUCGCAGUUCUAUACGUACGAAAAGGGCCAACCGAAGAACCACGCUUGGAACCAGAGAACAUUAGGUGAUUUUGAGCCGAAUUCCGUAUUCCGUGACAAACAAACCGCGAACGUAAUCAAUCUGACGCUGGAAAAGUUUUAA